UCCUGGAAACUAGCAUGGCGGCCGUAGGAGCGGCAAAUGUAUGGCAGAGCGAAGAAACGAAAGAAAUACCGUUGAUAUCACCCGAAAACUGCAAAUUUAGAGGAGAAGGGAACUCAAGUUUGGUCGUCACCUUACGUAACGAAGAACGUGUCCUACGACUUAGGAAGUCGUCCACGUACAAAGAGGAACUCAGCAACUCAACGGAGAAGAAAGUAAAAAAAUGCCAGCUUCAAGCCGACUUCAUCAGUCGUGUCAUGAGGAAACUAUUGGGUUACAGAUUUGUUCGUCCCCCUAUUUUAGUUCCCCUAACCGUAGAAGACGUCAGAAUAAUAAACAAGUGUGUGCAACAUGACAGGCCACUGCACAGGAUGAAGAAGGGUGUGCUGGAAGUUCCAACCCUUGGACUACUGCUCCCAGACUACUGCAUGCUACCAAACCAUCUGCGGAAAUAUGCAGAGGGCCCUGUGUUGUCUGUUGAGAUCAAGCCAAAGCAGGGCUUUCUCCCUUCUUCCCAUGCACUUCCCAGGGACCACCAGAUAAAGGCAUCCGUUUGUAGAUUUCACUUGUCACAGAAUUACAAAAACAGCAAGGGCAUAAUAUCAUCCAUGAGCAUGUACUGUCCUCUGGACCUGUUUAGCGGGUGUCCCCUGCGAAUGCACCAUGCAUUGAGAGAGUUGUUAUAUCACCCGCAGAAUAACCUUCGGAUUUUCAAAAACAAGGAGCUCAUAUUUUCUGAAGAAAUGCAGAGUGGUCUUAACGCAUCCCUAGGAGACUUUUUUGAGAAAUGUGAUCUAGUCAGUAGAGAAGAACAGUUGUGUCAGCUUGUGGGCAAGUCCCUGAGGCAUUCCUUCCCGACGGUGGACAAGGAGUCUCUUCCGAGGACAGCCACUCCCGAUGUCGGGGCUCAGUCUUGUGUUAGGUCUUCUAUUUGUACCUGCUCUUACCAGAAGCGAAGCCAGCAUAGGUUACCCAAGGGGAGUGUCUUAGAAAGGGUGCUCCAACUUCAGUGCCUCUGUUCCAUGGACAUAACUGAGGUCUAUCCUCUGUACGACAAUAUCAAGAAGGCGCUGGGCUGUGAUUCUGAUGAUCUCUCAGUGCCACACUAUCUCCAAGAUGGAUACCCUUGUCCAACACUACCCAAAGCAUUGGGAAAGCCCCAACAGCAAGUGUUUGAAAGCGACUUGGAAUUUGCCUGCAGAAAGAUCUGGGAAUUCCUGGUUGCCCUAACUGCGAGGGACUGCUCGAUAAUGCUUUCUCUGCAACGUCUCUCUCCCCUCGCGGACAUUCCACAGAAGGACUGCAUCGUCGAGGACGCUUAUGGACAACUCUACUUGUUUUCCUUUGGAAUUGUGGACCUCGACCCGAAGGCAGCGAACAAACUCGAAAAGGUGUACUACGAUGACAGCAACAUGGUGAACCUGCUCCCAUGACCUUCGGUGCCACUAACCCACCUCCCAAAGGAUGUCCUAGUCAGGCACGACCCGCUGCACAUCCGUGCCCCACCGUUCCUCUCCUGUUGUUACAUUUGUUGAGAGACUCUAUCCCAACCAUAAUGCGAGCUUAACCCUGUUGUUCUAAACCUUCUUGAGCAAUGUCUCCGGGACACACUGGUAUUUUUAUGGGGUGAGGCAUCUUACAGAACAUAUUUUAUCAUCCCGCGGAAGAAACUUUUAAAACCUUUGUGAUCUACUUAAACGUUGAAUGUAAAUAAAGGAUUAAGAAAGGCA